CCCAUGGGCAAUAGGGGAUCAUGGGGCCCCUGUGUCCUCACCACUCCCACCACACACACCAAAAAAAGCCUAUGAAAGGUACCAGGGGCAUCUCAUGGGGCCCCCUACUGACCCCGGGCCCUUGGGCAGUGCCUGAGUUCCCAAAUGGUCAGAUCCGCCCCUGCCUAUGGGGUACGUCCAUCAUUAUUCAUGUUCUCCAGUGAUGUCAUCCCAGUGACAUCAUUGGCCAAAUAUGCUACCUGGCCAGGGUUAUGGGGAAGAGGCCCUGUGUGCUCAUCAACAUGGGGACACGGUGUGCUUUCCA